CCCCGGCCCGGCUAGUGCCUUACCGUCGACCGACGCACCAUUACGUUCUGUUUACAUUCAAAAAUCGCUUAAAAUAAGCAUAUUUAGAGCAAAAUCUUCGUAAAAUAAACGUUUUAAUUGUUGUAAGUGAUUAAUUUUGAGUUUAAAAGUGUUUUUGUCGUGUAUUUGUGGGUACGGUAGCCAUUUUGAAAACGGAUGCGAACAAAGUCGGUUCGAGAUGACUGACAUCGAACCAAUAUCCUUCACAUACAAGAACACAAAGCAGCUAAUAGAACUAGUCCAAGCGCGCCCCUGUCUGUGGGACAGACAAGCCCCUGACUAUAAGGACAGACUGGCUAGAGACAGGGCCUGGGCCCAGAUAUUUGAGGAGCUGGACCCGCAGUUUACGGAAUACAGUGCUACCUCUAAACAAGACAUAGACAAGCCCCUGACUAUGGACAGAUUGGCUAGAGACAGGGCCUGGGCCCAGAUAUUUGAGGAGCUGGACCCGCAGUUUACGGAAUAUAGUGCUACCUCUAAACAAGACAGUAUGUAUCAUCUUCAUAUCAGUAUCUCUUACUAUCUCUGUCCCGCUCUAACUAUAUGUCUAUGGGACAGACAAGCCCCUGACUAUAAGGACAGAUUGGCUAGAGACAGGGCCUGGGACCAGAUAUUUGAGGAGCUGGACCCGCAGUUUACGGAAUAUAGUGCUACCUCUAAACAAGACAUAGGUAUGUAUCAUCUUCAUAUCAGUAUCUCUUACUAUCUCUGUCGCACUCUAACUAUAUGUCUACGGGACAGACAAGCCCCUGACUAUAAGGACAGAUUGGCUAGAGACAGGGCCUGGGCCCAGAUAUUUGAGGAGCUGGACCCGCAGUUUACGGAAUACAGUGCUACCUCUAAACAAGACAUAGGUACAACAAUAACGAAGAAAUGGUACAACAUCAGAGACUCGUACGUGAAAUCGUUGAAGCCGGACUACCUCGGGCGUCGGAACCGUCCGUACAUACACGCGGAACUACUGCGGUUCUUAGACGAUUGCUAUACUGAAAAACUCAACCCCAGCUUUCUGACCAAACAAAUAAGAAAUCCAGAAGAUUAUGAUGAAUUAGAAACUGGAGAUCAAGAAGCAGAAGAUGCAGAACCUUGGGAACAGAAAGUAUUCGUCACUUUAGAAGAAGAGCCAGCACAGAAGAGAGCAAGAACAGAAUACAGUCCAGAUCAAAGAGAAAAAACAAAUGAAGAAGAUAUCAUAUCUGUCCUUUCUAGUCUAAUACAAAAGGAAGAGGACGAAGAUAGAGCGUUUUUCAAAUCGAUAACGCCUUCAGUUAAAAAGUUGUCUGAGAGUUCAAAAUUAAAGUUUAGAAUUGAAGUUCUGAAGUUGAUAAAGAAUUUAAGGGCCAAAGAUAAGGAUGAGAGCAAAACGGAGGAAUCAGUUACCACUGAUAGUGAUAUUAGUGAUAGUGAAUAAGUACUUAAGUGUUGAUUGUUUUAUGAAUAAUACUAUGACCUGAAGGACUUCGA